AUGCAGGUCCCUGGGUCAUGGUCCGUGGGUGUCGGUGGUGACCCAGCGCGUGAGAAUCCAAGGUCCAUAAGUGUUGGUGGCGACCCAACGCGUGAGUAUGUGCGACAACUUACUUGUGGAUCUUGGGUCAUUCGUCACGAUGGCAAGUUUUGUCUCUUUGACCAAGAGCUUGAAGCUCAAGGAGAUCAAGGGGAUGAGAAGGAGCGCACUGAAAACCUCAAUUGUUGUGCGUGGGAGAGAGGAUUGAAAGAAAAUGAUUCGGACGAGUCGAAGAUGAAGAACUCAAAAGAGACAAGCUUCAAGAUUCGACACGAUGGAUGA